GGGUUGCACGGAAUUAUGGGAGGGAGGAGGCAGUCCGGAGGAAUGAAACACCCCGGAACGACCUUUGUGGGCCCAGGUCGGUUCUCUCCCGGAGCUGAAGUCUCCUCCCAGCAACCACCCCAGUCGAGCUCCGCCCCCUCGCCCCGCAGAAGGUGGGGGAUCAGGAGUAUGUUCUUCAAAGACCCACAGACCACCCUGAAGCUGACUUCUUUUUUGGUUUGUGAUCACUUUUUAAUUCGGGCCUCAGCAGCUCUGGAAAAACUGAAACUUUUAUGUGGAGAAGAGAAAGAAUGUUCAAAUCCAUCAAAUCUUCUAGAACUUUAUACACAGGCUAUUUUGGACAUGACAUAUUUUGAGGAGAAUAAGCUAGUAGAUGAAGAUUUUCCUGAAGAUUCUUCUUCCCAGAAAGUAAAAGAACUAAUCAGUUUUCUUUCAGAACCAGAAAUUUUAGUUAAAGAAAAUAAUAUGCAUCCAAAACUUUGUGAUUUGCUUGGGGAUGAGCUACUUGAAUGUCUCUCUUGGAGACGAGGAGCCCUACUGUAUAUGUAUUGUCAUUCUCUGACCAAAAGAAGAGAGUGGCUCUUGAAAAAAUCUAGUUUGCUUAAAAAGUACCUUGUUGAUGGAAUCAAUUACUUACUACAAAUGCUAAAUUAUCGGUGUCCUAUCCAGUUAAAUGAAGGAGUUUCUUUUCAAGACUUAGACACAGCUAAAUUACUGAGUGCAGGAAUAUUUAGUGACAUUCAUUUGCUGGCUAUGAUGUACAGUGGAGAAAUGUGUUACUGGGGAUUGAAACAUUGUGUGGAUCAACAGCCAGAAAAUCGUGAAAUGGAUACUGGUGUUUCUGGAGCAAGCUGCAUGACACACAAGGAAUCCUUGGAUUUCCGAGAAGUAGGAGAAAAAAUUUUGAAAAAGUAUGUGUCUGUGUGUGAAGGACCCCUGAAGGAACAAGAGUGGAAUACAACAAAUGCAAAACAAAUUUUAAAUUUCUUUCAGCAGUCCUGUAAGUAGUAAUUCAUCUGGUCUUUUUCAAUCAGAAAGACAAAAAGACCCAUGUGAUGGAAAAAAAAUUAAAAAAAAAAAAAAGACAUACUGAUACUGAAUUUGAUGUUAUAGUAAUAUAGAUACCCAGUAUGGUUGCCCUUCUUUAAAU